GCCAUGGAGCAGCCGGCGCCCGGCGAGGUGCACAUGAGCCAGGCCAUCCAGCCGGCGCAUGCCGACCCGCGCGGAGAGCUGAACGCGGGGCAGCUGCUCAAGUGGAUCGACGCCACCGCCUGCCUGGCGGCUGAGAAGCAUGCUGGGUUUUCCUGUGUUACAGCCUCUGUUGAUGAUAUACAGUUUGAACAAACAGCUAAAGUUGGACAAGUCAUAACCAUAAAAGCAAAGGUUACUAGAGCGUUCAGCACAAGCAUGGAGAUCAGCAUCAAAGUCACAGUUCGGGACAUGUUCUCUAGCACUGAGAAACUUGUCAGUGUGGCCUUUUCUACAUUUGUAGUCAAGCCAGUUGGAAGAGAAAAGAUUCAUUUAAAACCAGUCACACUUAUAACUAAACAAGAUCACAUGGAACAUAAUCUGGCUUCUGAGAGAAGGAAAGUUCGACUACAACAUGAAGAUACUUUCAGAAACUUGAUGAAGGAACAUAACAAGUUUGAUGAUCACAUUUAUGAGGAAACAGAAAGAAUGGUUUCCACAAGGGACACCUCUGUUCAGAGCAUUGAACUUGUUCUCCCACCACAUGCAAACCAUCAUGGAAAUACAUUUGGAGGCCAAAUUAUGGCUUGGAUGGAGGCAGUGGCUGCUAUUUCUGCUAGCCACCUUUGUCGGGCACAUCCUUUUCUAAAGUCCGUGGACAUGUUUAAGUUUCGAGGACCAUCCACAGUGGGAGAUCGGCUUGUCUUCAACGCAAUUGUCAACAAUACAUUCCAGACCUGUGUUGAAGUGGGGGUGCGCGUGGAGGCCUUUGACUGUCAGGAGUGGUCCGAAGGCCGGGGCCGGCAUAUUAACAGUGCUUUUCUUAUUUACAAUGCUAUCGAUCACAAGCAAGAACUGGUCAAGUUUCCACGAAUUAAACCCAUUUCAAAGGAUGAUUUUAGACGGUAUCAUGGAGCUAUUGCACGCAAGAGAAUUCGUCUCGGCAGAAAAUAUAUGAUUUCCUAUAAAGAAGAAGUUCAACUUUGUGAACAAUGGGAUAUAAGCAACAAGCUCUCCCUGAGAGAUAGCAAUGUGGAGGCUCUCAAAAACCUGGCGGCCAAGAGUGGUUGGGAGAUUAACAGUGCUGUGGAAAAGAUAAAAAUAUAUACUCUGGAAGAGCCUGAUACUUUAUGUGUUUGGGUUGAAAAGCAUGUGGAAAGACCAGCACACACAGCCUAUCAUCUCUUGUCUGACUUUACCAAGAGGCCUCUGUGGGAUCUCCACUACACGUCCUGUGAGAUCAUAGACUCAGUAAGUGAUGAUGAUCAGCUAUAUUAUAUCACCUGUCCUAGAGUGAAUGAAGGCAAACCCAAGGACUUGGUGGUACUUGUAUCCCUAAGAAGGCCAAUCAAAGAUGACAAUGCUUUCAUCGUUGCAGUGAAGUCAGUUAUUCUGCCAUCAGUUCCACCCUCUCCACAAUACAUCAGAAGUGAAAUCAUAUGUGCUGGAUUCCUCAUCCAUGCUACUGGUAGCAAUUCAUGCAUUGUUUCUUACUUUAACCGGAUUUCUGAUAGCAUCUUUCCUUACUUUGCUGGAAAUCUUGGUGGCUGGUCAAGGUCCAUUGAAGAGACAGCGGCCUCCUGCAUACAAUUCAUAGAGACUACUACCAGUGAUGGGAUAUGAACACUUUAUGUAAUAAUAUUUUAUUACCUGUGA